UCUGUACUUUAUGAUGUCAGAAAUAUCUUAGGGCUCCAAGAGAAAGGCUUAUUUCAUUGCAUACUUUCAGAUGGCUUAUCAGCAUUCGGGGCAUUCCUGAUAGUUAAGAACUAUCUGUUUCUGCGUCCAAAUAACAAACCCCAUUGACACUAUUUCUUUGACCUCUGCUGUAAGCGAUCUAGUAUGUGUGGCGGAGGUAAAGGCGAAAAUGUAAAGUGACUUUUUGGGGUUGGCACUCUGGCCAUCGUUGCGGUCAAUGGGGGCUGUGGGGCUUAAGGUGUAACGACCCAGGCCUUUUUGGCCUCCUUCAAUGCCACCGCAGACUCGCACAACGCCCUCCGACAGACACUCACACCCACAACCGGGGGAAUUACAUUUCCGGUUCGGGCCGCUUGCGGAAGUUUCGCGUCAAAUUAAAUGCUCAGGGCUGAAAUUAUGACAGCUCCCGAAUGGGUGGGAACCAUGGUAUAAAUACGCCCGCCUGGAAUGGACUGGCAUCAAAUCGUCAACAAAUUGACCAGCGAACAUGUGGACAGGACUCGGUUGCGCACUUCUCUGCCUGGCUUUGGUCCAGGCGGCUGUUAUCCGUCAGGGGGAUGCGGCGAGUCCGGAAACCACCACUAGUGUGGUUUUGUGGUCGGGAGGGGGAGGGGAUGUCACCACCGAGGAGUCCGCCACUCUGGCGGGUCCUGCUUUGAGUCGCGAUGAGGAGGCCAGCAUACUGAUUGAUCCCGCCCCGGGCACUUUGGAGGAGGAUGGCGCCGUGGUCCCAGAGAAGUCCGGGAAGCUGCUGCUGCUCAGUACAUCGCCCAAGCGACUGCAUGAAAACGAGCGGCAGCUGGAGGAGCGGGACGAGGAGGAGGCGGAGGAGAAUAAGGCCGAUGCCGAGCCAACCACAACUGAGCAGUCAAAGGAGCAGGAGGAGGAGGUCACCCCUGAAAGUUCAGCCGCAGAGGGCAGCACUCCUCCGACGACUACGACCAAACUGUUUGCCAUCGAUGCCACCCCGGGCGGAGUGGACUCCCCGCCGCCGAAUGUGGUCGUAACCUCCGCCCAGGACAGUUCCAACGCCACGGUCUCCAUUGCCGAGCAGCCGCAGGUGCCCGGCGACAACAAUGCGGCCGUGGAGCUGGCCCUCGUGGAGCCGGAGGCCGAGUACGUGCUGGUGGAUGGCAGCCACGACGACCUGGACCUCCAGCUAGCCAGCUUCACGCACAUCAACAGCGACUUCCACUUGCAGCCGGUGGUGCAUUCCGUCGAAAUCGUGCCCACCAGCAUCGAUGAUCCUUUGAUUGUCAAUUACGUGCACAAUUUGCGGUGACUCGGCCGAGGAGGCGUGCCCGGGCGAAUCAAUUAACCCGAUGCGGUGGCAUCCGGACUCUGUUAAAGUUGCUUCAUACCUCUUUUAUUAUGACUUUUGUUACUCCUUGAAUAUACUUCCGAAUGGCUUCUUAUGCCUUUAACGAAAUAAAUGAAAACAUACAGAUCAAAUUGAAGAACUAUUUCGCUUUGUAAAAUCAGAACCG